UUGCUUCGCAUCUAGUAGGCCACCUGAAAAUGUGUUUUAACUUUUGCACUUGGACCAGGGUAGGGAUUACUGUUAGGGGGAAGAGCAGAAGAAUUCUGGCCAAAGGGCUUGUGUUUGGGGUGGGGAUGCCAAGAGCAAAUGCUAGGGAUUGGCAUGUGGACAGGCGAGGGGAUUAGUAUGGAGAUACCAUCACAGGUACCAAGUCUGUAACGCCCAUGACUUGAUCCUGAUGGGGUUGGUGGGACCACAAAGUCCCAAGUCAGCCUGAUUUUCUCAAGUACCCUUCUGGGGAGCUUCUUCCUUUGUGUUUCAGUCUAGCCUCCUGCCAGGUAAGAUCAUUUUAUCAAAAUUUUUAUGGCAAGGUUUGCCACCAGACAAGAGGAUUCUUGCAAAAGGAACCAAACAUAAUUCCAAUCCUAGAAACUUCUUAAGAGCAGUGAUGGUAUCUUACUCAUUGUUAGGUCUGUCUCUUUAAAAAGACAAAUUGGAAAUUCCAUGAGUUUCCAGACUUUCAACAGUCAAAAACCUCAGAGUCCCCUGUGUGGACUGAACUUACUGUGAUGCUUCCUCCCUAGGGAAAAAAUACACUUUCCAGUUGUUGGCAACUCUGUUAAUAGGAAUCAAACCCUCUUUAUUAAAGCCAUGUCUAAACAAAAAAAUGUUUCUUGGACCCUAUGCCAAGUUACAAAGAAAAGAAGUGAAAUGGCCUUUAUGAAAUGUGGUGAGCAAGACCCUUUCUGUGUUAGCUUGCUUUAAUUUGAAAAAGCUGUCCUGGGCGAGUCGCAGAAUGCAAUCUCCGCUCUCUUGCUUUUCUCUCUGGCACUUAGUCUUUCUCUCUCCACCUGCUUUUCUUUCUGGCAGUUAGUCUCUCUCUCCACCUGGGGGCUGUUUUCUGGCUUUAAUAACCCAUAAUUUGGAAUCUGCAUACUUUAAGGGGUAAGCGGCUGAUAGUAAGGGCCAGGUGCCUCCGAUCACUAUGCCUGUCACUUACAGCACUGUUUUCCUGAUGUCGACGCUCAAUAUGAAGGACCACUCCUUGGGACCAGUCAUCAGUGGCAGCAGGCAGAUCAAGUAACCAGUUUCAUUAUGGUCAGAGGUUAUAUAGCAGAAAGGCACAGAUGGGGUAAUUAGGUUCAGGUUCACGAUUCAGCUGCAUUCUUCUACCUCUGCAGUUUGGCCAGAUCACUUCACCUUAUUGAGCCUGCACCUCUUCAUCAGUAGACAAGAAAGCGUUAUGUCUUUUCUUUUCCAUGAAAUUGUUUUGAAGAUGAAAUGAGCUAACAUGGCCAAAGCACCUGUGUUAUGAAUUGAGUUGUGUACCCACCAUCCCCUCCAGUUUUCAUGUGUUGAAGUCCUAACUCCUGGCACCUCAGAAUGUGACCUUCCUACAGUAAGGUUGUUGCUGACGUAAUUAAUUAGCAUGAUACCAUUAGGGCGGGUCCUAGUCCUAUAUGGCUGCUGUCCUCACAAAAAGGGGAAAUUAGUACAUAGAGACAGACACACAGGGAGAAUGCUGUGUGAAGAUGAUGGCAGGGAUUGGAGUGAUGCAUCUGUUAGCCAAGCAGUGCCAAAGACUGGCAAUAAAAGCUAGGCAGGAGCCCGGAACAGGGUCUCUAUCACAGUCCUCACAGGGAACCAGCCCUGUCGACACCUUGAUCUUGGACUUCUAGCCUCCAGAACUGUCAGGAUCGCAGUGAAGCCACUUUGAUAAAGAGGUUUAAAGGUGAAGGGGUCCGGUACAAGGCCAAACUGAUUGGAAUUGAUGAGGUUUCCGCAGCUCGGGGAGACAAGUUAUGCCAAGACUCGAUGAUGAAGCUCAAGGGCGUUGUUGCUGGCGCUCGUUCCAAAGGAGAACACAAACAGAAAAUCUUUUUAACCGUCUCCUUUGGAGGAAUCAAAAUCUUUGAUGAGAAGACAGGGGCCCUUCAGCAUCAUCAUGCUGUUCACGAAAUUUCCUACAUCGCAAAGGACAUCACAGAUCACCGGGCCUUCGGAUACGUUUGCGGGAAGGAAGGGAAUCACAGAUUUGUGGCCAUAAAAACAGCCCAGGCGGCUGAACCUGUUAUUCUGGACUUGAGAGAUCUCUUUCAACUUAUUUAUGAAUUGAAGCAAAGAGAAGAAUUGGAAAAAAAGGCACAAAAGGAUAAGCAGUGCGAACAAGCUGUGUAUCAGACAAUUCUGGAAGAGGACGUUGAAGAUCCUGUAUACCAGUACAUUGUGUUUGAGGCUGGACACGAGCCAAUCCGUGAUCCCGAAACGGAAGAAAACAUUUAUCAGGUUCCCACCAGCCAAAAGAAGGAAGGUGUUUAUGAUGUGCCAAAAAGUCAACCUGUAAGUAACGGCCCUGCGUUUGAGGAUUUUGACGAGCGGUUUGCCGCAGCCACGCCGAACAGAAACCUGCCGAUGGACUUUGACGAGAUUUUUGAGGCAACAAAGGCUGUGACCCAAUUAGAACUUUUUGGGGACAUGUCCACCCCUCCUGAUAUAACCUCUCCCCCUACUCCUGCAACUCCAGGUGAUGCCUUUAUCCCGUCUUCAUCUCAGACACUUCCGGCGAGUGCAGACGUGUUUGGUUCUGUACCUUUUGGCACUGCUGCUGUACCCUCAGGUUAUGUUGCUAUGGGCGCCGUCCUCCCAUCCUUCUGGGGCCAGCAGCCCCUUGUCCAACAGCAGAUCGCCAUGGGUGCUCAGCCGCCAGUCGCUCAGGUGAUGCCGGGGGCUCAGCCCAUCGCAUGGGGCCAGCCGGGUCUCUUCCCUGCCGCUCAGCAGCCCUGGCCCGCCGUGGCCGGGCAGUUUCCGCCAGCCGCCUUCAUGCCCACACAAACUGUUAUGCCUUUGCCAGCUGCCAUGUUCCAAGGUCCCCUCACCCCCCUUGCAACCGUCCCAGCCACGGGUGACUCCGCCAGGUCAAGUCCACAGACCGACAAGCCCAGGCAGAAAAUGGGAAAAGAAAUGUUUAAGGAUUUCCAGAUGGCCCAGCCUCCGCCUGUGCCCUCCCGCAAACCCGACCAGCCCUCCCUCACCUGCACCUCAGAGGCCUUCUCCAGUUACUUCAACAAAGUCGGGGUGGCACAGGAUACGGAUGACUGUGAUGACUUUGACAUCUCCCAGUUGAACUUGACACCUGUGACUUCUACCACGCCAUCGACCAACUCACCUCCAACCCCAGCCCCUAGACAGAGCUCUCCAUCCAAAUCAUCUGCAUCCCACGCCAGUGAUCCGACCGCCGAUGACAUCUUUGAAGAGGGUUUUGAGAGUCCCAGCAAAAGUGAAGAGCAAGAAGCUCCUGAUGGGUCACAGGCCUCAUCCAACAGUGAUCCCUUUGUCGCAUCCCUGAUGUUCGCACCAUCUUCCUGGCCUGAGCGUAUCCCUGACGUUUGCAUCAUCUCGCCUUGCCUGGUGUCUGUUUUCCACCUUGUUUAUCCUCAUGGAUGCAUGACCUUUGACAUGUAUUGGGAGUAGAGGUAAAGGAGCCGGAGCCUCUCUAUGCGCAGAUCAACAGAUGUAAGAAAUAGCAUCAGUGCGGGCUUGUGGCGGGUGCUUCAAGACUGGCAUGGAAAUCAGCAUCGCGACAGGCUCUCUUGUAUUUUUUCACCUCACGUCAUCCCAUGAAGAAAUUCACGAUUGCCCAAUGCAACUCCUUUGGAAGAGGGAACUAAGAGGUUUUGGCAACCACUGGCAGAGGUCUAUGGCAGCACAAAAACAAACACACCGAAGUAUAAAAAACCAUACCCAGCAUCAAAUCACAAAUCAAGCAAGUGCUCACCCAACAAAUGUUCCAGGCUCUCUUAGUGUGGGUUUAAGAUGACCCAGUAUGUGAAACCCUAAUUCUCUUUAUUUCUCAACCUGCUGACCACUGUAAAGACAUCUGAUUUGGAGUGACAGGCCUCAGAGAGGUACAUCAGGGUUGGCACUGACGUCAUUUAGGCGAAUGUAAGGUCUCUGUCACCACAAGAGGCUCAUUCGUAUGCCUUUUCCCAUAGGAUGGUAUGAUUACAACGCUCCACAAGGCCUGGUCUGCCAUUUUUUCCCCUUUCCUUUCUUUGUCAUGUUUGAAGUUAAUGAGUGUACAAAUUUUUGUAUUGCUUUUGACUUUUUUUUAGAUAUUGAUUAAGAAAUUCAAUUGGGAAAAAAGAAAAAACCCUAUAUGAAAUGAAUUCACUUGAAAUCAUCACAAGACAAAUAAGUGGCUGAUGAUUCUUUUUGAUUAAGAAUGUUGCCAAAACAACCCCUUUAAGCUCUUCUGCAUCCUGGUGAAGAAAGACAGAUUGUGGUUUAACCUUCACUCUGUGAGUAGGAAAGGACAUCGAAUCCCAUUGAUGAGAAAGAUGAAAAGUACAUCUGAUUUCCUCAGAAGCUCUAAACUCUUUAAGUCCAAUAAAAUGAGAUUUUUUAUUUUUCCGAUAUCUUGCUGCUGUGAUGCUAUGCAGACAAGUGUCUUCUCCAUGUGCCAUUUCAAAGAAAAGUCAUUUGCCAAAUACUUCUGGUACAAUCCUGGUAAUGUGGUUUGGGAUUUUAAAAAAUCGACUUGCUAAUGGAACAGUGCUGACAUGAAUAUUCAGAGUAACAAACUGAUUCUGUGGUCACAAUGGUUCAUCUCUAUCUCUUUUUGUACAUCAGAAAAUUCAAAUGGGAUUUUUAUUUUAUAACUUAAAAAAAAAAAACCUUACCAUUAAACUCUUUAAAUAUUUAAGGGAAAUGGCUUUAAGGAGUUCUAAUGAAAAAAAAAAAAAUUGCCCGUUUGUGUUUUUUUUUUUUUUUGUAAAUAUAAAUGUUAAUGAAAAUGCUUUUUUAAUAAUGCCAUUACACUGUAGAGAAGGUAGCAGAUUGAGUGCAGAAUGUGACAAACUUGAUGGGUGGGUCUCACUUUCCAGAAACUACUCUGGAGCAUAUGGUAGGAAGUUGGAGUUCAGGGACAACUGGCAGGAACAGUCAGCCAAUCAGCAGCUAGUGAUCAGGAAGGGAGCACGUGACUCCAGCCUCUCAUCUAAGUCUUUCUGCGAGAGUACGACCCUCUGUGUAAAACAAGAAACAGACAGUUCACGCUCUGAAGGCCUGUCCUUCAGAUUCUGAAACUCCCUCCCACAUGUCCACUCCCACUGACCCUGUAGACAUCACUGGACUGUUUGUACGUGAAACAGAAGAAUUUAAGCUUCCUUUUUUUACAUUUAUGAGACAAAAAGUGCAGUGUUUGGUUCGUAUGUUUAGCACAUGAUUUUCAUAAAGAAUCUAUAUAUUUUUGCCCUACAGAGAAUAUUGUUCUACAGGUCAACUGUGUUUUCCUGAUGUUCCUAUGCAGUUACAGUAUGUUGAAUUGAAUGGUUUAACACUAAGAAGAAAACUUAAAGCAUCAUGGGAUGAAUUGGAUUGGGGGUGGGGGUGAUUAUCCUUACUUGGUUUUAAAAUUUGAAAGUAGAAUUUACCUUGAUAUGAUUGACUGCCAUCAGCCUGUGUACUUUGAUACUUUGUAUCAACAGAAACUAAAAUGAUUUGGAAGAAGGUAUACUUGGUGACCAAGGGAAAAUUUGAGAAGUCAAGGUAAUUGUUACUGUUUGAAGCCCAUGCUUUACACCGUCAGGUCACUGGAAUCUAACUGUUUUCCAGUUAACUGGCAAAUGCCCAUUGCAGAAUAGAUGGACAUGGAAGGUCCGAAGAACUCGAGAGCUGGAAAGGGCCAUUAGCUUCCUCUGUAGCUGUCACAUUGUGGUUGACACGACUUCUCCAGGAACGUGCGUACGUUGGAUGUGCUGAUCCUUCCAUGUGAAGGGGAAAAUGGGAAAGGUGUGAUAACCAUGAGAGUUGUCCUGAGACCAGUUCAGUUGCGUUUUCUGGGGAUUUGAUGAGACAGGCAGUUCCCCCAGGGAAGUAACUUAAAUUGCUCUGUUGUCCGUGAUUCGGAUUCUGGACCAGUGGUGCUAUCUUCUCCCUCAAUGCGGCUGUCUUGAGUUUGUCUUGCAGUAUCACACCCUUCCACUGAUUCUGCGGGUUGCUUCUGACACACUCAAAGUGAACUCCGGCCGAUGGGGCUGUUUGAGGUACACCCUCUGGAGCUCGUCGCGUAGUGGAAAGUGACAGCCCAGUGGAUUUGUCAUCAUUCGCUGAGUGUGGGUGAAAAUGGAGCUGGCUCUGAACCUAAAGAAAAUGGCCCCUGUGAUACACUAAAGUGAGGGAAAUAAAGUCAAGAUUUUAAACUGCCAUCCAUGUUAUCAUUGGCUGAAUUCUGCUGUCUAAUAAGCACUGUUUGGGGAACUCAGAACCACCGUAUCCUAUCCCAGGAAAACAGUGAGAUUUCCAAGUAAGAGCCGAGGUGCAGAUACCAAAAGGCAAUGGGGAGUGUGCACAGUUCCAGUUAGACUGAUAGAAAAUCCACGUGUACAACUGUUAAUUCUUCAUCCUUCACUAGCACGAAAUUUGUCACUUUAAAUUUUGAAACCAGGGAAACACCACCUGUCAUUCUGUUCCCAUUCCCCAUAGCUCUCUUUACAUGCCGUGAGACUUUUUUGAUAAUUCGUACUCAUCCCUGUGUCUACUGAAUCCCCAUUAUGUAAUGUUCUGGGCACCUUCUUUAAAAAAAAAAAAAAAAAUGUUUACUCUGUGGGUUUGGUUCAUUUCAAUUUCUGUGUUCUGACACAUAUUUUUUUAAUAAAGAUGAGAAAGAGAAAAUGACUGUUGCAGUACAUUUCUAGACCUACUUUAACUUUACCUCAGAUGACAGUUUGUUAACAUAUAUGGACACAUUAUUUUUAACUUUAUGUACAAUGCAUUCAACAGAACAGCAAAAUUUUUAGAAAUUUUCCAUUAAUUUCUGUAACACACCAUGUAAAACUGUUACAAAUAAACAUGUUUGAGAACAA